AUGUCAAGCAUCCUCACACAGGAGCCAGCCACUGAGGAUGUCUGGAGGAAGGUCGUACCAGAGAUAGCAUUCUCUCAUGACUUUCUCAUGCAUGGUAUGCUUGGGCUGUCGGCAAUGCACUAUGCUCAAAGUCAUCCAGAUCAACGCAGGGAAUACACAUUAAUCUCGUCGCAUUACCAGAGCCUUGCAGUGCAAAAUUUUGCGACCAAGCUUCAAGACAUCAACGAGGAUAACUUUGAACCCUACUUCUUCCUUGCUACAUUCGUCUUCAUUCUCAGCAUGUGCUCCAUCGCCGACCGUCAGGAUUCUGGACUACCAGCUCCGAGAGACAUUGCGCAGUCAUUCAUCCUACUCCAAGGAAUCAAGAGCAUUUGCGAGUUUAAGCCCAUGGAGACAUGGAGCCGCGACGGGCCACUGGCUCCGCUUCUCGAACAACAUGAACCAUUGCCAGUCAAGCGUACUGGGGCCUUUCAGAACCGCAUGGAGAAGCUCUAUGGCCUUGCCAGGGAACUGAGUCCCACAUUCAGCGUCAUCAAUGUUCAGUCUUCCUGUCUCUUAGCUAUUGAAUCGUUAAGGACCACUCACACGGCCUGCACCACGGAUACCAUGUCAGCUCGUGCCCGCCGUAUCUGGUUGUGGCCCAUGUCCUUGACCCAGGUAUUCAUCGAGCUCAUCAGCAACAACCACCACGUUGCUCUCAUUAUCCUGGCUCAUUAUGCAGCACUGACAAGACCAUUUGAGCAUCCCCAUUGGAUGAAUCGAGAAUGGAGUGGUAAUGUCAUGGCUGCUGUCGAAUGUGCAUUAGAUGAAAGAUGGCAUGAAUGGAUCGCGUGGCCUAAAAAGGCUCUACUGGAACAGAUUGAUGUGGAUGAGAUGGACCCAUAG